AUGCCGGUGGCAGACUUCUAUUCGAUAGUGCACCUUGGUAGUCAGUAUUUAAAGAAAAUUGAUGACCCAGAAAGCUCUACUGGUAGUGUGAUACAUUUAGACACUGUUUGUUGGUUACAACUGGAUGGGAAAUUUCAUUCAGUGCUUCCAGGGAAGUAUCAUGUGUUAUGGAGAAUGAAAUUGCAGGAUUCCUAUAUGCAUAGCAGUGGGGAAGCAUGUAUAUAUUACAAAGCUACCCCAGAAGAGGGCUGCGGGGUUCAGUUGUCAUGUAAGUGGGAUGUUAAGACAAUGAGGAAACAGGAAAAGCGGAAUGGGACAAAUAAAUGGUUUGUUUACAACACUGGGGAAUUUAUUGUUGAGUCCAUGUGUGACAUUCAUGUUGAAAUUCAUGGCAGAAAUGAUUACUGGUGUGGGGGAUUUUAUUGGGAUUAUGUCCAACUAAAAUAUGUCAACAAUCAGUCCAUUGAAACAAAAAAGAAUAUCCGCCUUAGCAAAGACUCUUGUGAGGUUAUGUAA